AUGUGCCGAACACCCUGCCCGCGCCAGGCCCGGCGCUGCCAUCGGCGCGCGGAUGCCGGCCCCCAGCCGCCCGCUCGGCGGCGCCGUCAGGCUCGGGAGGCCGGGUGCGCCGGGAGGCGGCCGUGCUCCGGGCCUCGCCGGGCUAGAAGGUUGGAAAGAGUCUGUGUUGGCACGUCUCACACCAUGGCCAAGCAGGGUCCUCACAGUCUCCCCGGAGGUUCUUCUAAGCCAGCGAGCCAUGGUGUUGUUUUCAAGCAGCAGAGAACCAGUGGUUCAUCUCACAAUCCCCACAGUGUUCAGCCCGGCACUCUGGAGCAGGCCAAGGGGACAUGGAAGAGGCCAGAAGAGGCCACAGCCUGCCCACACCACAGCCCACCAGAUCAAGUGACUCUCACCGGGAUCUCCCCUCCCCUGGCACAAAGUCCUCCAGAGGUUUCCAACCAGCAGCUCUUGGGUCAAGGUCAUCCUCAGGUUUCCCACGGGACCAAAUCCACACCCUUUGCUGACACGACUCAUGAGCCUUUGGCCAGCGCCAAGAGUUCCCAGGAUGCACCAGCUUCUUCCUCCGGACAGCUCACCGGGGAAGCCCACUUAGAGGCCAAGGCGGCCAGACCCUCCACCUCGGGGCAGAACAUCUCUGACGUCCUCUGUGGCUCCAGGAGUGUGGUGCCCAGGACCGAAGGGAGACCCCCACAGACACUGGGGGCCUCGCCUCACAAAGCAGUGAGCUCCCGGGAGGGAGUAUGUGUGAGGGAUGGAGACCGUUUCCAGGUGAAGAUUGGCUACAACGCAGAGCUCAUUGCCGUGUUCAAGCGUCUGCCCAGCAGAAAUUUUGAUCCUGACACCAAGCUGUGGAACUUCAGCAUGUCCGACUACAGCGCCCUGAUGAAAGCGGUCCAGCGCCUCCGCACGGUCACCCUGCGGCCUUUGGAAGGGGCCAGCAGCAUGGCACAGACCGGCCUGCCUUCGGCUCCCUCUCUCGCCUUUGUCAAAGGGCAGUGCAUGCUCAUCUCCCGGGCCCGCUUUGAGGCAGACAUUGGCUAUUCACAAGAACUGAUUGCACUGUUUAAACAGAUGGAUUCUAGAAAUUACGAUGUCAAGACCAGGAAGUGGAACUUUCUCUUGGAAGAGCACAAUAAACUAAUUGAAAGGGUGCGCUGCCUCCCGCAAGUGCAGCUGAAUCCACUGCCCAAGACCCUCACCCUGGCCUUUGCUGCUCAGCUGGAGAAGACGUCUCUUCGUCCCACGGUGGACGUCCCUGAGGCUGACCUCUCUGGAGUGGACCCCAAGCUCGUGUCCAGUCUGCUGCCCUUCCAGAGAGCUGGAGUCAACUUUGCCAUCGCCAAAGGAGGCCGCCUGCUGCUUGCCGAUGACAUGGGCCUGGGGAAGACCAUCCAGGCCAUCUGCAUUGCUGCCUUCUACCGGAAGGAGUGGCCGCUCCUGGUGGUGGUGCCCUCCUCCGUGCGCUUCACCUGGGAGCAGGCCUUCCUUCAGUGGCUGCCGUCUCUGAAGCCAGAGCAAAUCAAUGUCGUGGUGACCGGCAAGGACCGCCUGACAACUGGUUUGGUCAACAUUGUCAGUUUUGACCUCCUGAGCAAGUUGGAAAAGCAGCUAAAAACCCCCUUCAAAGUUGUAAUCAUUGAUGAGUCUCACUUCCUCAAGAACGUGAAGACGGCCCGCUGUCGCGCAGCUAUGCCCCUCCUCAAGAUGGCCAAGCGCGUGAUCUUACUGUCGGGCACACCGGCCAUGUCGCGACCUGCGGAGCUGUACACGCAGAUCAUCGCCGUCAAGCCCACGUUCUUCCCUCAGUUCCACGCCUUCGGACUGCGCUACUGUGAUGCCAAGCGGCACGCCUGGGGCUGGGAUUACUCCGGCUCCUCCAACCUGGGCGAGCUGAAGCUGCUGCUGGAGGAGGCCGUCAUGCUGCGGCGCCUCAAGGCCGACGUGCUAGCCCAGCUCCCGGCCAAGCAGCGCAAGAUGGUGGUGGUGGCCCCGGGCCGGCUCAGCGCCAAGGCCAGAGCGUCCCUGGACGCCGCAGCCAAGGAGAUGGCCACCAAGGACAAGUCUAAAGGACAGCAGAGAGAAGCCCUCAUUCUCUUCUUCCACAGAACAGCCGAAGCCAAAAUCCCGUGUGUCAUUGAAUAUAUCCUGGACCUGCUGGAAAGUGGGAGAGAGAAGUUUCUAGUGUUUGCACACCACAAGGUGGUUCUGGAUGCGAUUACUGAAGAGCUUGAGAGAAAGAAGGUGCCGCACAUCCGCAUCGACGGCGCCACGUCCUCCGCGGACCGGGACCAGCUGUGCCAGCACUUCCAGCUGCCCGAGAGGCACGCCGUGGCCGUGCUGUCCAUCACCGCCGCCAACAUGGGCCUCACCUUCUCCUCGGCCGACCUGGUGGUGUUCGCCGAGCUGUUUUGGAACCCCGGGGUGCUGAUGCAGGCCGAGGACCGGGUGCACCGCAUCGGACAGUCCAGCUCCGUGGGCAUCCACUACCUGGUGGCGAGAGGCACGGCUGACGACUACCUCUGGCCUCUGAUCCAAGAGAAGAUUAAAGUUCUGGGUGAAGCCGGCGUUUCUGAGGCCAAUUUUUCAGAAAUGACAGAAGCCACUGAUUACAUCUACAAGGACCCAAAGCAGCAAAAGAUCUACGACCUAUUCCAGAAGUCCUUUGAGGAGGAAGGAAGCGACAAGGAGCUCCUGGAGGCGGUGGAGGCCUUUGACCCGGGAAGUGCUUCGGGAACGUCUGGGAGUGGCUCCCAGGACCUGGGAGACUGGCCGGAUGGGGGCACAGAGACGGGCAGUCCAGAGAAGAAAAGGAGAUUUGAAUUUUUUGAUAACUGGGACAGCUUUACCUUUCCCCUAUAA